AUGUUGAUUGAACUUAUUACUAACAAUGUCGAGCAGGUAAAAAUAAUUCAUGGUGAAGAAGAUUUCGAUGAAAUGCAUCUGCAUCAAUUUGAGAACGAAGUGGCACAGUUAACUACACAGCUUAAAAGUCCAUGCGAGAUUCCAAUCGAUGGCAAUUAUUCGUCAUCUACCAAUGUUAUCUCCGCCAAUACCUCAGGUACAACUCAUCAACAAAUUGAUGAAUAUUCUCGCCGUCGUACCGAACAAAUCUCCGAAGAAGUUGCCGCAGCUAUCAAUCGAAUUGUUGCUGAAACUCAAAUUCAACAACAAACUCUCUUAGCUGCUAUCGAAGAAGAGUUACUGCGUAGCUUUGAGUACUGA